GUAAAUAAAUCGAGUUUAUCUUGGCUUAUUAUUUCUCUUAUUGCUCUUAAUAGUAUGUAGAAACACUCAUUGAGAUAAGAUAAGUUUAAAUGUAGAAAACCUAAAUAUAAUAAAACGUCUUAUAUACAAUUUCGCUUCACCGAAGUAACAUUGUUAUUUAAGACCUUUUGUUUUGUUCCGCUACUAAACGUCUGAAGUAAAGCACAAACACAAUGAGAACGAUUUGUUACUACGGUCAUUUUGCUGAUGAAACGUCUGAAUUGUCAAAAGCAGCGGAACCGAGGAGAUUUGCUACAUUCGUGAUUUGCCAUGCGGCUCGGGAGUUUGUUUUUUUUAACAUUAAUAAACUAGAAAAGCUUUUCCGAAAAUUCAAAUCUUUACCCGGAUCGAAUCCUAUUUGAUUCAUUGGCAACCGGCUUGCAAAAAUCCAAUGUUGGAAGAAAGUGAAACGCUGGCGAUGUUCAGUUUAUUUCUCGCUGCAGCAGAAACGCUUGAACAACAAGAAGCAAUCUCUCCAUCAACAAGACAGUUCGAGGAAGUUUGCAUCGACAAACUACAAAGCGGCAUAUCUACCGCCUAUGCUGAGUCGGGCAACCUGGACCCUCUGUCAACAACAACAACGAAUGGCUUUGAACAAGUGUUUCUGCAACAAGCAAAUGAAAAUGUUAGCGUGGCUUGUGAUAUGACGGACCCACUUUUUGCUACUAAUCUAAACGAGCGCAGCUUCCAUAAUCAUCAUGAACAUCGCAGUGACGUUGGAAAUCUGGCAGGUGACCACUCAGCCUCAAUUCGUCAUAACGCUAUCGAGAACCUUCCGGCAAUACUAUCAAACCAAUACGUCGAUAAAAUAUCGAAAUCCAUGAAACGGAACGCCAGGAGUGCUUCUACUUCUGAGUAUUCAGCAUACCGCAAUCUUAGCUCAUCCAACAACAUCUCACAGAAUCCCAUAAGUAACACCACAGUUCCUGGUGUACUUUUGAAUAAUCGAGAGGAAAUCUCAAAAAGUCCAUCGUUCUUACAUCUGGCUAAAGUUCAAACUAAUGCUUGCCGUGGAAACUCAAAUCUCCAAAAUCAGUCUGACGAACCGUGGAGUAGCCAGGCUCAUCCACAUGCUAAUCGUGUGGCUUGCAAAGACGUUUCACAUUCUUCCACAACUCAUAAGCAAGUGCAGCUACCAAACCAUUAUGCCCAAUACGGUGGACCAUGGGAAAACCUAAGUAACCCAGGUGCUAAUCGCGUUGCGCUAGCAGACAUUUCAAAUCACUCCACAACUUACAAGAGAGGACGACUUCUGUCGGCAAGGGAUAUUUGUGGUGACCACUCAGCCUCAAUUCGUCAUAACGCUAUCGACAAGCUUCCGGCAAUACUAUCAAUCCGAUACGUCGAGAAAUCGAAAUCCACGAAACGGCACGCCAGGAGUGCUUCAACUUCUGAGUAUUCAGCAUAUCGCAAUCUUAGCUCAUUCAACAACAUCUCACAGAAUCGCAUAAGUAACACCACAGUUCCUGGUGUACUUUUGAAUAAUCAAAAGGAAAUAUCAAAAAGGCCAUCGUUCUGUCUGGAUAAUGUUCAAACUAAUGCUUGCCGUGGAAACUCAAAUCUCCAAAAUCAGUCUGACGAACCGUGGAGUAGCCAGCCUCAUCCACAUGCUAAUCGUGUGGCUUGCAAAGACGUUUCACAUUCUUCCACAACUCAUAAGCAAGUGCAGCUACCAAACCAUUAUGCCCAAUACGGUGGACCAUGGGAAAACCUAAGUAACCCAGGUGCUAAUCGCGUUGCUCUAGCAGACAUUUCAAAUCACUCCACAACUUACAAGAGAGGACGACUUCUAUCAGCAAGGGAUAUUUGUGGUGACCACUCAGCCUCAAUUCGUCAUAACGCUAACGACAAGCUUCCGGCAAUACUAUCAAACCGAUACGUCGAGAAAUCGGAAUCCACGAAACGGCACGCCAGGAGUGCUUCAACUUCUGAGUAUUCAGCAUAUCGUAAUCUUAGCUCAUUCAACAACAUCUCACAGAAUCGCAUAAGUAACACCACAGUUCCUGGUGUACUUUUGAAUAAUCAAAAGGAAAUAUCAAAAAGGCCAUCGUUCUGUCUGGAUAAUGUUCAAACUAAUGCUUGCCGUGGAAACUCAAAUCACCAAAAUCAGUCUGACGAACCGUGGAGUAGCCAGCCUCAUCCACAUGCUAAUCGUGUGGCUUGCAAAGACGUUUCACAUUCUUCCACAACUCAUAAGCAAGUGCAGCUACCAAACCAUUAUGCCCAAUACGGUGGACCAUGGGAAAACCUAAGUAACCCAGGUGCUAAUCGCGUUGCUCUAGCAGACAUUUCAAAUCACUCCACAACUUACAAGAGAGGACGACUUCUGUCAGAAAGGGAUAUUUGUGAUCGUUCGCUGAAUGGUAUGAUCGUCGAUGAGUAUCCAUCCUUCCAGCGUGUCCAAGCUUCAACUCCAAUAUCUUAUGCCUCUUUUGCUCUGAACCUCUCGUUGGAUGAAAAUUCUACCACUGAUGCACCGUUAGAUUUGGUUGUCGUCAAACCAACUACAACGAUUUCUACUGAUCAGAUUGGAUCACCGAUGGUGCUUGACCUUCGAAAGAAAAAUAUUGCAAUAGACUACAAAUCACCAACAACAACUCGAUUGAUGCCUGAAAAACUCUCGCUGCCUAAAGGACACUCCAAGUUGACAUCGAAUGCUAUUUCUGACUCGUUGGGCGAACCGAUUCUUAACGAUGAACAAAUGGAUGCAGUUGACUCUGGAGACUACACAGAUGAUGACUUAGAUCCAGAAUGGAUGCCAGAUGGAGACGCUACUCUUCUAAAUGAAUUGUCCAUAUACGAAUAUUUCGAAAAAUACAAAAAUGAAAAUUUAUCCGACAACGAUACCGAUGUUGAAAAUAUCGAUAUAAACGUUGAAGUCGAUUCAGGCGAACCACAGCCGAAUAAGAAGAAAGCUGAUUCCCGGAGAAAAAACCAAAAGCUGAAAGAAAAAGGACUUUCUUACAAGAGAGCUGAUGGCACCAUCGUCCCUGCACGUCGAGUUCAAUCAGCAUGUAAUUGCAAAAUGCGCUGUAGUGAAAAGUUUUCUGAGCCUGUCCGAAAAGAAUUGCUAUUGAAACUUUUGGAAUUGAAGCAAUCCGGGCAAAACCAAUUCCUGUCUAGUCAUAUGAGCGUCAUCAACAAACUUCGUCCAAAGGUUCUUAUUUCACGUCGUACUUGGUCUCGGAUCUACAUGCUUCCUGGUGUUGGAGGUAAAGUCAAAGUGUGCAAACAUAUGUUUAUGUCCACGUUCGACAUCAAAGAGAGGAAAAUUCGUGUGCUGGCAGAUAAGCUACUUUUGGGUGGUGGCAUUGCUAAUGAUGACAAGCGCAUGAACAAUCACUCGCAAAAACAAUUAAGUCCGGAACACGCUGAAUAUAUAAUCAAACAUAUUAAGUCGUUUCCUGCCGAGGAAAGUCACUAUGGACGUGAAAAAUCAUCUUGCCUGUAUCUGUCAUCGGAUUUGACCAUUCUUCGAAUGUACGAACUGUACCAGGAUCAGUGCGGCGAGGAUAACUUAAUUCCAGCGCAUAUAGGAUUGCUUUUAAUUCCCAAAACAUAAAAU